CCUCUCUUUCAACCCAAACAAUUCCUAAUCCAAACCCUCACUCUCCCGCGCACUUCACUUUUUCCCUCCGCUCGCCGGCCGCCUCCCCUCCACCGCGCACGGCGCCGACAUGGCUAGUUUUCUCCUCGAUUGCAACAACGCAGGAGCCGAGUUUACUCACGCAGUCGCCUCCGCCGUCUACAUCUCCGACAUCAUCCAUCCGACCUACAUCCCCGAAAUCGUAUCGCUCCUGUUCCCGUCCAGCGCCGCCGUCACCAAUUUGGCCGGAAUCGCGAAGCCUCUGCUGGCGGUGCAGGUCACGGAGCUCGCCGACGGCAUCUUCAUCGCCUUCGCCGCUAACCACGCCGUCGUGGACGGCAAUUCCUUCUGGCAUUUCGUCAAAUCCUGGUCAGAGAUCUCUCGCGGUGCAGAAUCGAUAUCGAAAUCCCCUGUAUUCAACCUCGCCACUGGCGAUAGUAGGCUCAUUCAUCUCCCAACACUGGAGAAAAACCUAGUUUCUCCAUCACAAUCGCCGCAGAGAGUAUUCAAUUUCAGCAGAGAAAAGCCAGAUCGAUUGAAGGAGAAGGCGAAUUCCGAAGCCGGCACAGACAAAAUAUCUACUCUGCAAGCACUCACGGCUCACGGCUCAUCUAUGGAUGAGCACAGUCCGAUCUCAAAACACAAACGGUUCAAGCAGCUGCGUUUUGGUAAUCUCGAUUGGCGCGAGAGCGAGGAUGCGGUCUUUGCCGGAUGCCUACUUCGGGAACGUUACGCUGCAACGUUGGCGAUUAGCGCGAGCGAUCUAUUGGAGAGGGGAUUGGGCGGCGCCUCGGUGAAGAUCAAUGAGUUGAUUUCUCGGCAAGGCGAUGAAACGGCGAGACGCGCGGCGGAAGGGGAGUGGCGACAUGACGUGUACGGGUGUGAUUUUGUGAGAAGCGGGAAAGUGCAUAAAGUAGAGGGUUUGGUGUUUGUAUUUCCGGCGGCGGAAGGCGGUGGUAUCGAUUUAGAAGUUUGCUUGGCGGAGGAGACGUUACGUGCAAUGGAGAGUGAGAGUGUCCACUAUAAGGCGGACACGCCCAAUAGCCCCGCCCCAGUUUUUGUCAAUAGCCCCACUUAG